AUGGUAAUUGCAAUGUAUAUAAGAGCAAUUUUGUGAGAUGAAGAAUUAGCACUUUCUGUGUGUCUGUAAGAAAUUUUUACAGCUAGAGAUAUCAAGGUAAGAUUUUACGACAAAAGAAUUGAUUUUUUUUUUGAUCAAGAUGCCUCCAAAGUUUUUAUUUUGUAAAUUGCCCGAGGCUUUGAGGUCAGAUUUGCGUGAAAUUUGGGAUAUAGGAUCUAUGUAGGAAUUGUUUUAAUUGAAUAAAAUUUUAGCUCGCGCUUUGCAAAUAGAGCCGAGAUAUUCAACGAUCUUUACGGACGAAAAACCAUUGAAAAUUAAAAGAAAGAAACCGUUGAAAAUCUCGGCUGCACCUGCUAAGCGUGAGCUAAAAUUUCCACGAAUUUUUAUUAGUCCUACAUCCACCAAUUUCGCAAAGUUUCAAAAAAGUCUGUCAACGGAAUUCACUUUUUGCUCAUAAGAUUGUCAGAUCGGUCCUUACUUGUGACCCAGAGGAUGUUGAAGUGUAAGAAGGAUCUGGCUUCUCGUUUUUUGAAUGGCCUUUUCGGUGGGUGUUCUGUGCUAACUUUGAUGAGCCAUAACUCGGCCUUCAGGGCUUGUAAACGCUUGCCAGGUACUUCUUGCACCGCCUUCAACGCCUACUAGGUCACCAGUAUGGAUCGAUCUUCAAAAAAUGUGAAUUCCCUUGCGAACAUCGAACUUGGCGCACUUCUCUUGUCAAUUUAGGUCUAGUUUGAUCAUAAAUCAAAAUAUCUUUUGGCCUCGUUUUUGAGGUAGGAUAGGCAUAGUCUUAGGCACUGCAUUUUUACUUUUACCGCUUUAAAAAAUCUUUUUUCCAGAACCAUGAACUUCCUUCGCUUUGGACUUGUCAUGGCUUUCCUUGUGCUUGGCCUGGUGUCCGGAGAAGCCGUCAAAAAAGUUGAUCGGGAACUGUAAGUUUAAUUAAGCCGUUUGAUGUUCAAGCAGUGCCCUUAUACAGUGGGCGACCUGAUCCAGUUGCAACAAACGUACCAUUUUGCUUCCGGGAAGUAUCAAAAAUGUGGCAAAAUGCUUCCCUCUUCAAGUGAAAAAACCCGAUUUUAAAAGCUCACUUGGAGAGGGAAGCAUUUUGUCACAUUUUUAAUAAUUCCUGGAUGCAAAAUGAAACGUUUUUUGCCACUGGAUCAGGUGCCUCACUGUAGCGUCAGAAAAUGAGAUAUUUAGCCAUUUUUGAGCUGGGUUUUUCUCCAAACCGCCAAAAAAUUUCAAAAAAAACCUUAUAAAGAUUCGUUUUUGCUAUUUUUUAUUUAUCUUAUUGUUGUUUUUUAUUUCAGAUUCCGCUCUCGUCGAGGCUAUGGCAUGCCGAUCGGAGAGUAUCCACCCCCUCCACCACCUCCACCACCUCCAUCCUAUGGCUAUGGCAACUCUUACGGCUACAACAGCGGGUUCGGCGGUGGAAUGUGGGGCCGGAAGUAA